AUGGCCCUCUCCAAGCUUGUAAUGGCUACCCUUCUCCUCUCCCUUCUCUUCCUUCAGUUCGCUCACGCUGCUAAUUCCUCCACUCAAUCAAUCGAUUGUGGAGAAGCUUGCAAAGUUCGGUGCCAGUUAUCGAGCAGGCCGAACCUAUGCCACAGGGCUUGCGGGACAUGUUGCCGCCGAUGCAGCUGCGUCCCUACCGGAACCGCCGGCAACUACGACCAGUGCCCUUGCUAUGCCACCUUGACCACCCAUGGCGGCCGUCACAAGUUCCCUUAA